AUGGCCCGCAGAUACGAUUCCAGAACCACAAUCUUCUCCCCCGAAGGUCGAUUAUAUCAAGUCGAAUAUGCACUAGAAGCCAUUUCACAUGCAGGUACAGCUCUGGGAAUAUUAGCGCAAGAUGGCAUCGUCCUUGCUGCGGAGCGGAAAGUUACAAGCAAACUGCUCGAACAAGAUACAUCUGCAGAGAAGCUCUACAUCCUAAAUGACAACAUGAUCUGCGCCGUGGCUGGAAUGACAGCUGACGCCAACAUUCUGAUCAACUACGCCCGACAAGCCGCCCAACGAUACCUUCUCACCUACAACGAAGACAUCCCCUGUGAGCAGCUGGUCCGACGGCUCUGCGACUUGAAACAGGGCUACACACAGCACGGAGGUCUGCGGCCGUUCGGUGUUUCAUUCAUCUACGCCGGCUGGGAUCCCCAACGGCAAUUCCAGUUGUACCAGAGCAAUCCUUCAGGCAACUACGGCGGAUGGAAGGCGACAAGCGUAGGAGCGAACAAUGCUAGCGCGCAGUCUCUGUUGAAGCAGGAUUACAAAGAAGAGUGUGACCUGAAAGAAGCAUGCGGCAUGGCGGUCAAGGUGCUGAGUAAAACGAUGGAUUCAACGAAGUUGAGCAGCGAGAAGAUCGAGUUUGCGACAGUGGGAAAGACGCCAGAUGGCAAGAUCUACCACCACCUAUGGUCCGGCGAUGAAAUCAUGUCACUGCUCAAGGAGCAUGGGCUGGCCAAGGAGGAGGAAGCGGAGACUGGCUAG